AUACCUUUGACAAAUGGACAAAUGUGCCAACCUCAAAGACCUCACACAAACUACAGCCAAGUCCAUCAUCUCCCUCCUCAAUCAUCAGUAGCAAGACAUUCAUCUAGAGAACAAUUACUUGAUUAUCUGAUGCUGAAAGUUGCCCAUCAACCUCCCUAUACCCAGUCUCAGUGUUCCCCAAGACAAAGCCACGAAUUGGGAAAGCAAGAGAUUCAAGUGAGAAUUGACAAGGAUCCAGAACUUGGAUUUAGUAUAUCAGGAGGAGUUGGUGGUAGAGGGAAUCCAUUCAGAUCUGAAGAUGAUGGUAUAUUUGUAACCAGAGUGCAACCAGAAGGACCAGCAUCUAAGUUGUUGCAGCCUGGUGACAAAAUAAUUCAG